GCCGCCAUAUUGACGAGGACGGGUAUCCGCGGCUGCGGACGCCAGUCUCCGCCGCCGCCGGAGCCGCAACCUCUCUGCACCCGGCCCCGUUAGGGCCUCUGCCGCGCCGAGCCCCUCCCCGCCUUGCACAGCUCCCAGGCCUCGCGGGAGCCCGCCGCCGCCGCCGCCUCUCUCUCACGGGAGGCGGCCGCCUUAGCGCCCGGUGCUCGGGUCGGCGCCGGGAGUGAGGACCGAGCUGCUGCAAAGCGACCAGGCCCAGAGCGGGGACAGAGGCGGCGACUAGGGGAAGGUGAAGCCGUCGCUGCAGGAGGAGGAGCUGGAGGAGGUGACGCAGGAGAAACGCACCGCCCGGAGCCGUCUGAGCUCAGCGAGAGCCCCAGUGUGAGGGGAGAAGGGGGAAGAGGGCCGUCGCCGGCCGAGGAGGAGGAGGAGGAGGCGGGCGCGGCGAGGAGCGAGUUCCGGCACCGGUGUGCAGCCUCCUUGUUGAGACGCCCGGAGCCCGGAGCCCGGCAGCCGCAGCCUUUCGAUACACUUUGUUACCCGUCACCCGGGCCUGGGAUGCACCCAGGGUAGGUCUUGUCCCGGGACCGAGCCCCACCGUCGCCUGCUGCCUCCCGCCUCCGCGUGCCCUGGUUCUGAGAAGGCGUCUGUGUCGUGCGGUUAUGCAAUGGUCUCUGCAAGAUGGUUUAUUCUUGAAUUGGACCUUUUUAAGACUGACAAAUGCUGGUACUUCAUCUUCUAUAAGUGGACUAUAAUUUCUUUUCUCAAGACAACUACAUAAGCAGACAAAAUUGCAAAGAUCUGCCCUGUGUCGAGUAUGACAGCCACGACUCGUGGCUCUCCGGUCGGAGGGAAUGACAACCAGGGCCAGGCUCCUGAUGGACAGUCUCAGCCCCCCCUCCAACAGAAUCAGACUUCAUCGCCUGAUUCUUCCAAUGAAAAUUCCCCGGCAACUCCCCCAGAUGAGCAAGGUCAAGGUGAUGCCCCACCACAGCUUGAAGAUGAGGAACCUGCAUUUCCACAUACUGACUUGGCCAAGUUGGAUGACAUGAUCAACAGGCCUCGAUGGGUAGUUCCAGUUUUGCCGAAAGGGGAAUUAGAAGUGCUUUUAGAAGCCGCUAUUGAUCUUAGUAAAAAAGGGCUUGAUGUUAAAAGUGAAGCAUGUCAGCGAUUUUUCCGAGAUGGGCUAACAAUAUCAUUCACUAAAAUCCUUACAGAUGAAGCAGUGAGUGGCUGGAAGUUUGAAAUUCAUAGGUGUAUUAUUAACAAUACUCAUCGUCUGGUGGAGCUAUGUGUGGCCAAGUUGUCCCAGGACUGGUUUCCACUUUUAGAACUUCUUGCCAUGGCCUUAAAUCCUCAUUGCAAAUUCCAUAUCUACAAUGGUACACGUCCAUGUGAAUCGGUUUCCUCAAGUGUUCAGCUGCCUGAAGAUGAACUCUUUGCUCGUUCUCCAGACCCUCGAUCACCAAAGGGUUGGCUAGUGGAUCUUCUCAACAAAUUUGGCACUCUAAAUGGGUUCCAGAUUUUACAUGAUCGUUUUAUUAAUGGAUCAGCAUUAAACGUUCAAAUAAUUGCAGCCCUUAUUAAACCAUUUGGGCAAUGCUAUGAGUUUCUCACUCUUCAUACAGUGAAAAAAUACUUUCUUCCAAUAAUAGAAAUGGUUCCACAGUUUUUAGAAAACUUAACUGAUGAAGAACUGAAAAAAGAAGCAAAGAAUGAAGCCAAAAAUGAUGCUCUUUCAAUGAUUAUUAAAUCGUUGAAGAAUUUAGCUUCAAGAGUUCCAGGACAAGAAGAAACUGUUAAAAACUUAGAAAUAUUUAGGUUAAAAAUGAUACUUAGAUUAUUACAAAUUUCUUCUUUCAAUGGAAAGAUGAAUGCACUGAAUGAAGUUAAUAAGGUGAUAUCUAGUGUAUCAUACUAUACCCAUCGGCAUGGUAAUCCUGAGGAGGAAGAGUGGCUCACAGCUGAACGAAUGGCGGAAUGGAUACAGCAGAACAAUAUCUUAUCCAUAGUGUUGCGAGAUAGUCUUCAUCAACCACAGUAUGUAGAAAAGCUAGAGAAGAUUCUUCGUUUUGUCAUCAAAGAAAAAGCUCUGACCUUACAGGAUCUUGAUAAUAUCUGGGCAGCACAGGCAGGAAAACAUGAAGCCAUUGUGAAGAAUGUACAUGAUCUCCUGGCAAAAUUGGCAUGGGAUUUUUCUCCUGAACAACUUGAUCAUCUUUUUGAUUGUUUUAAGGCCAGUUGGACAAAUGCAAGUAAAAAGCAACGUGAAAAGCUACUUGAGCUAAUACGUCGUCUUGCAGAAGAUGAUAAAGAUGGUGUGAUGGCACACAAAGUGUUAAACCUUUUGUGGAAUCUGGCCCACAGUGAUGAUGUGCCUGUAGAUAUCAUGGACCUGGCUCUCAGUGCCCACAUAAAAAUACUAGAUUACAGUUGCUCCCAGGACCGUGAUACACAAAAGAUCCAAUGGAUAGAUCGCUUUAUAGAAGAACUUCGCACAAAUGACAAAUGGGUUAUUCCCGCACUGAAACAGAUUAGAGAAAUUUGUAGUUUGUUUGGUGAAGCGCCUCAAAAUUUGAGUUCUUCUCGUUUCAGUCAAACUCAGCGAAGUCCUCAUGUGUUUUAUCGCCAUGACUUAAUCAAUCAACUUCAACACAAUCAUGCCCUAGUUACUUUGGUAGCAGAAAACCUUGCAACUUACAUGGAAAGCAUGAGACUGUAUGCUAGAGACCAUGAAGAUUAUGACCCACAAACUGUGAGGCUGGGAAGUAGAUACAGUCAUGUUCAAGAAGUUCAGGAACGGCUUAACUUCCUUAGAUUUUUAUUGAAGGAUGGCCAACUGUGGCUAUGUGCCCCUCAGGCAAAACAAAUAUGGAAAUGCUUAGCUGAGAAUGCAGUUUACCUUUGUGAUCGUGAAGCCUGUUUUAAGUGGUAUUCCAAAUUGAUGGGAGAUGAACCAGACUUAGAUCCUGAUAUUAAUAAGGACUUCUUUGAAAGUAAUGUGCUUCAACUUGAUCCUUCUCUGUUAACUGAAAACGGAAUGAAGUGUUUUGAGCGAUUCUUCAAAGCUGUGAAUUGUCGAGAAGGAAAACUAGUAGCAAAAAGGAGAGCCUAUAUGAUGGAUGACUUGGAGUUAAUAGGAUUAGAUUACCUUUGGAGGGUUGUGAUUCAAAGUAAUGAUGAUAUUGCCAGCAGAGCUAUAGAUCUCCUCAAAGAGAUAUACACAAACCUUGGUCCAAGACUACAAGUCAAUCAGGUGGUGAUCCAUGAAGACUUCAUUCAGUCUUGUUUUGAUCGUCUGAAAGCCUCCUAUGACACGUUGUGUGUUUUGGAUGGUGACAAAGACAGUGUUAAUUGUGCAAGACAGGAAGCUGUUCGAAUGGUUCGAGUAUUAACUGUUUUAAGGGAAUAUAUAAAUGAAUGUGACAGUGAUUAUCAUGAGGAAAGAACAAUUCUCCCCAUGUCAAGAGCAUUCCGCGGUAAACACCUCUCUUUUGUAGUUCGAUUUCCAAACCAGGGCAGACAGGUUGAUGACUUGGAGGUAUGGUCUCAUACAAAUGAUACAAUUGGUUCAGUACGACGAUGUAUUCUCAAUCGUAUUAAAGCCAACGUAGCCCAUACAAAAAUUGAGCUCUUUGUGGGCGGUGAGCUGAUAGAUCCUGCAGAUGAUAGAAAGUUGAUUGGACAAUUAAACUUAAAAGAUAAAUCGCUUAUUACAGCCAAACUUACACAAAUAAGUUCCAAUAUGCCUUCAAGCCCUGAUAGCUCUUCUGAUUCUUCUACUGGAUCUCCUGGAAACCAUGGUAAUCAUUACAGUGAUGGUCCCAAUCCAGAAGUGGAAAGCUGUUUGCCUGGAGUGAUAAUGUCACUGCAUCCCAGAUACAUCUCUUUUCUUUGGCAAGUUGCAGACUUAGGUAGCAGCCUAAAUAUGCCACCCCUUAGAGAUGGAGCAAGAGUACUUAUGAAACUUAUGCCGCCAGAUAGCACAACGAUAGAAAAAUUAAGAGCUAUUUGUUUAGACCAUGCCAAACUUGGAGAAAGCAGCCUUAGUCCGUCUCUUGACUCACUUUUCUUUGGUCCUUCAGCCUCACAAGUGCUAUAUCUAACAGAGGUAGUCUAUGCCUUGUUAAUGCCUGCUGGUGCACCUCUGACUGAUGAUUCCUCUGAUUUUCAGUUUCAUUUCUUGAAAAGUGGUGGCCUACCCCUUGUACUGAGUAUGCUAACCAGAAAUAACUUCCUACCAAAUGCAGAUAUGGAAACUCGAAGGGGUGCCUACCUCAAUGCUCUUAAAAUAGCCAAGCUUUUGCUAACUGCCAUUGGCUAUGGUCACGUUCGAGCUGUGGCAGAAGCUUGUCAACCAGGUGUAGAAGGUGUGAAUCCCAUGACACCGGUCAACCAGGUUACCCAUGAUCAAGCAGUGGUGCUACAAAGUGCCCUUCAGAGCAUUCCUAAUCCAUCAUCCGAGUGCAUGCUUAGAAAUGUGUCAGUUCGUCUUGCUCAGCAGAUAUCUGAUGAGGCUUCAAGAUAUAUGCCUGAUAUUUGUGUAAUUAGAGCUAUACAAAAAAUUAUCUGGGCAUCAGGAUGUGGGUCAUUACAGCUAGUAUUUAGCCCAAAUGAAGAAAUCACUAAAAUUUAUGAGAAGACCAAUGCAGGCAAUGAGCCAGACUUGGAAGACGAACAGGUUUGCUGUGAAGCAUUGGAAGUGAUGACCUUAUGUUUUGCCUUGAUUCCAACAGCCUUAGAUGCUCUUAGUAAAGAAAAGGCUUGGCAGACAUUCAUCAUUGACUUACUAUUGCACUGUCACAGCAAAACUGUUCGUCAGGUGGCACAGGAGCAGUUCUUUUUAAUGUGCACCAGAUGUUGCAUGGGACACCGGCCUCUACUUUUCUUCAUUACUCUACUCUUUACUGUUUUGGGGAGCACAGCAAGAGAGAGAGCUAAACAUUCAGGCGACUACUUUACUCUUUUAAGACACCUUCUUAAUUAUGCUUACAAUAGUAAUAUUAAUGUACCCAAUGCUGAAGUUCUUCUCAAUAAUGAAAUUGAUUGGCUAAAAAGAAUUAGGGAUGAUGUUAAAAGAACAGGAGAGACGGGUAUUGAAGAAACGAUCUUAGAGGGCCACCUUGGAGUGACAAAGGAGUUACUGGCCUUUCAAACUUCUGAGAAAAAAUUUCAUAUUGGUUGUGAAAAAGGAGGUGCUAAUCUCAUUAAAGAAUUAAUUGAUGAUUUCAUAUUUCCUGCAUCCAAUGUUUACCUACAGUAUAUGAGAAAUGGAGAGCUCCCAGCCGAACAGGCUAUUCCAGUUUGUGGUUCACCACCUACAAUUAAUGCUGGUUUUGAAUUACUUGUAGCAUUAGCUGUUGGCUGUGUGAGGAAUCUCAAACAAAUAGUAGAUUCUUUGACUGAAAUGUAUUACAUUGGCACAGCAAUAACCACUUGUGAAGCACUUACUGAGUGGGAAUAUCUGCCACCUGUUGGGCCCCGCCCACCCAAAGGAUUUGUGGGGCUGAAAAAUGCCGGUGCUACUUGUUACAUGAAUUCUGUGAUUCAGCAACUCUACAUGAUUCCUUCCAUUAGGAAUGGUAUUCUUGCAAUUGAAGGCACAGGUAGUGAUGUAGAUGAUGAUAUGUCUGGGGAUGAGAAGCAGGACAAUGAGAGCAAUGUCGAUCCCAGGGAUGAUGUAUUUGGAUAUCCUCAACAAUUUGAAGAUAAACCAGCAUUAAGUAAAACUGAAGAUAGAAAAGAGUACAACAUUGGUGUCCUAAGACACCUUCAGGUCAUCUUUGGUCAUUUAGCUGCUUCUCGACUGCAGUAUUACGUGCCCAGAGGAUUUUGGAAACAGUUCAGGCUUUGGGGUGAACCUGUUAAUCUACGUGAACAACACGAUGCUUUAGAAUUUUUUAAUUCAUUGGUGGAUAGUUUAGAUGAAGCUUUAAAAGCUUUAGGACAUCCAGCUAUGCUAAGUAAAGUCUUAGGAGGUUCCUUUGCUGAUCAGAAGAUCUGCCAAGGCUGCCCACAUAGGUACGAAUGUGAAGAAUCUUUUACAACUCUAAACGUAGACAUUAGAAAUCACCAAAAUCUUCUUGAUUCUUUGGAACAAUAUGUCAAAGGAGAUUUACUAGAAGGUGCAAAUGCAUAUCAUUGUGAAAAAUGCAAUAAAAAGGUUGAUACCGUAAAGCGUUUGCUGAUUAAAAAAUUACCUCCUGUUCUUGCUAUUCAACUAAAACGAUUUGACUAUGACUGGGAAAGAGAAUGUGCAAUCAAGUUCAAUGAUUAUUUUGAAUUUCCUCGAGAGCUGGACAUGGAACCUUACACAGUUGCAGGUGUCGCAAAGCUGGAAGGAGAUAAUGUAAACCCAGAGAGUCAGUUGAUACAACAGAGUGAGCAGUCUGAAAGUGAAACAGCAGGAAGCACAAAAUACAGACUUGUGGGUGUGCUUGUACACAGUGGUCAGGCGAGUGGGGGGCAUUAUUAUUCUUACAUCAUCCAAAGGAAUGGUGGAGAUGGUGAGAGAAAUCGCUGGUAUAAAUUUGAUGAUGGUGAUGUAACAGAAUGUAAAAUGGAUGAUGAUGAGGAAAUGAAAAACCAGUGUUUUGGUGGAGAGUACAUGGGAGAAGUGUUUGAUCACAUGAUGAAGCGUAUGUCAUACAGGCGCCAGAAAAGGUGGUGGAAUGCUUAUAUACUUUUUUAUGAACGAAUGGACACAAUAGACCAAGAUGAUGAGUUGAUAAGAUACAUAUCAGAGCUUGCUGUCACCACGAGACCUCAUCAGAUUAUUAUGCCAUCAGCCAUUGAGAGAAGUGUGCGGAAACAGAAUGUACAAUUCAUGCAUAACCGAAUGCAGUACAGUUUGGAGUAUUUUCAGUUUAUGAAAAAACUGCUUACAUGUAAUGGCGUUUACUUAAACCCUCCUCCCGGGCAAGAUCACCUGUUACCUGAAGCAGAAGAAAUCACUAUGAUCAGUAUUCAACUUGCUGCUAGGUUCCUCUUUACUACAGGAUUUCACACAAAGAAAGUAGUUCGUGGCUCUGCCAGUGAUUGGUAUGAUGCAUUGUGUAUUCUCCUUCGUCACAGCAAGAAUGUACGUUUUUGGUUUGCUCAUAAUGUCCUUUUUAAUGUUUCAAAUCGCUUCUCCGAAUACCUUCUGGAGUGCCCUAGUGCAGAAGUGAGGGGUGCAUUUGCAAAACUUAUAGUCUUUAUUGCACAUUUUUCCUUGCAAGAUGGGCCAUGUCCUUCACCUUUUGCAUCUCCUGGACCUUCUAGUCAGGCUUAUGACAACUUAAGCUUGAGUGAUCACUUACUAAGAGCAGUACUAAAUCUCUUGAGAAGGGAAGUUUCAGAGCAUGGGCGUCAUUUACAGCAGUAUUUCAACCUGUUUGUAAUGUAUGCCAAUUUAGGUGUGGCAGAGAAGACACAGCUUCUGAAAUUGAGUGUACCUGCUACCUUUAUGCUUGUGUCUUUAGAUGAAGGUCCAGGUCCUCCAAUCAAAUAUCAGUAUGCUGAAUUAGGCAAAUUAUACUCAGUAGUGUCACAGCUGAUACGCUGUUGCAAUGUCUCUUCAAGAAUGCAGUCUUCAAUCAAUGGUAAUCCUCCUCUUCCCAAUCCUUUUGGUGAUCCUAAUUUAUCACAACCUAUAAUGCCAAUUCAGCAGAAUGUGGCAGACAUUUUAUUUGUGAGAACAAGUUAUGUGAAGAAAAUCAUUGAAGACUGCAGUAAUUCCGAGGAAACUGUCAAAUUGCUUCGUUUUUGCUGCUGGGAAAAUCCUCAGUUCUCAUCUACUGUCCUCAGUGAACUUCUCUGGCAGGUUGCAUACUCCUAUACCUAUGAACUGCGGCCCUAUUUGGAUCUGCUUUUGCAAAUCUUACUGAUUGAGGACUCCUGGCAAACUCACAGAAUCCAUAAUGCACUGAAAGGAAUCCCAGAUGACCGAGAUGGGCUGUUUGACACAAUCCAGCGCUCUAAGAAUCACUAUCAAAAAAGAGCAUACCAGUGUAUAAAAUGUAUGGUAGCUCUAUUUAGUAACUGUCCUGUUGCUUACCAAAUCUUGCAGGGAAAUGGAGAUCUUAAAAGAAAGUGGACCUGGGCGGUGGAAUGGCUUGGAGAUGAACUUGAAAGAAGACCAUAUACUGGCAAUCCUCAGUACACUUACAACAAUUGGUCUCCCCCAGUGCAAAGCAAUGAGACAUCAAAUGGUUAUUUCUUGGAGAGAUCACAUAGUGCUAGGAUGACACUUGCUAAAGCUUGUGAACUCUGUCCAGAGGAGGAGCCAGAUGACCAAGAUGCCCCAGAUGAACAUGAAUCGCCUCCACCUGAAGAUGCCCCAUUGUACCCUCAUUCACCUGGAUCUCAGUAUCAACAGAAUAAUCAUGUGCAUGGACAGCCAUAUACCGGCCCAGCGGCACAUCACAUGAACAACCCUCAGAGAACUGGCCAACGAGCACAAGAAAAUUAUGAAGGCAGUGAAGAAGUAUCCCCACCUCAAACCAAGGAUCAAUGAAAUGCACAUAAUUAAUUGGUUCCAUCAAGACUGUGCACCCAGGCCUUACAGUCCAACCUUUUUCUGUGUCUGGCUAAUAUUUAAAACUAGAAAAACUAUUCCUAAUCAUGGAGUGGAGAGUUUAUUCACUGUCUUAUCUGCAGAAAUUUGCUGUCAAUAUAUAACCCGCCUGCAGUGGAAAGUGUAUAGUGUUUUGUAAUAAAUGGCCUGAUGCUAAUGUGUAAAUGGCAAAGGUGUAUAUAGUAUAUUAAUGUUGACUGUUAAUUCUUAAGCAAGAAACUUUUUUCUUGUUGAGAUUCACAGAUCUACAGAAAUUACAAAAGUUAAUUUUCUUGUUAUACCCACUGCACUCUGCAACCAGUGUUGCCUGCCUCAUGGCAGUAGAAUCAGCUCCUUUACAAAAAAAAAAAAAAUAGCAACAACAAAACAGAGCCCAUACAUGUCAGCCACACCAAUAGUUUCAUGUUAAUUCUUUGCCACUGGAGUCAGUUUUGCUAUGAGCAAUGUAAGGCUGGUACCCUUUAAAUUACUUGGUUGAUGUGGAAAAUUGGUGAUGUAACACUGUUCCUAGGUUUUUUUCAUUGCCUUUUUAUUCUGAUACUAGAUUAAUCACUUUGAAGCUAUAGUUAUGCUGUAACAUUUAGCAUGGCUUCACACCAAGUUAGUGUAGCCAAUGAGGAAAAAGUUACCGUAAUGACAGCAGUUGUCCGAGAAGUGACAGCUGUAUUACUCAGAGCUUUUACUUCUUACACCUAGAAUAUUAAAAUAUAAAACAACGGGAGAAAUGUGACAAGCAGGCUGUUUUCAGUUGCACAUACGUUCCUUAUAUAUAAUGUUUGACAGUUCAAUCUCUGGGUGGGAUAAAGAACACUUAAGUAUCAGUAAUGGGAAUUUUAAAAGAUUUAAAACAAAUAUGCAAAAAUUUGCUAUACCAAGAUGCUGGAGCAUAAUAGAAGACUGUAUUUGGUGUGCUUGUUUUAUUUCUUUGGUAGACUUUAUUAGGUGAAUCUUCUGAAACUUUCCUUCUGCUGGAUCCCAGUGACGUGGAAGUCAUCAGAACCCCACGGUACUUGGAGUACCUCUCUGCACCAAGAUAGCUGGCUGAUUUUCUGCUCAGUCACAAUUUUACUUGAAAGCAAGAAUUGUCCUAGCUCCUUUUCCAUUAUUCCAGAAAGUCUAACGUUCAAAGCAGGGUCUAAUUAAAAAAGAAACUACUGGUUAGUUACUAUAAUUGAGAUACCACAAUUUCAGAAUAAACAUUUGAUUAAAAAUAAGGAACUCCUCAGUUAAUACUGUAUUUAAAAGAAUUGGUAACUUGAAUGUGUGUAAUUUUUUGGAACCUGUCUAAAAACCAAAUACCCCUACAAACAGAUACAGCCCACCAUAUUCUAUUUAAAUAUUUUGCUGUUUUAUUUUAUAGAAAUUAUUUUGCUGAAUUCACAAAUAGAAUUUGAUUUAAGAA